AUGAAGAGCAAUAAGAAUUCAUCUGUUCUUUUUUCUAUAUUCUUUCUGGUCAUUAUAUCCAUAAUCUCAGUUGAGGCAAGAAAGCAUCACACUAGGAAGACCAAAUCUCACAAUAAGAGUGGCAAUGGCGACACUACUCGCGGCUCAAAUUUUACAGCUCCUGCACCAGCCCCUCUUCCUGAUCAUAAUGGCUCUUAUCCCACCCCUUCCACCAUUUUUAAUGUUCUAUCUUUUGGAGCUAAGGGAGACGGAGUCUCAGACGACUCUAAGGCACUGGUAGCAGCAUGGAAAGCUGCGUGCAACUUUGCUGGGGCAACAGUAGAAAUCCCAUCAGAAUCCAAGUUCCUGAUCAAGCCCAUUACUCUUCAGGGCCCUUGUAUGCCUCACCUCGUACUUCAGAUCCAUGGAACUAUCUUAGCUCCUGCAAAAGUUGGUUCAUGGCCGAAAUCCAGUUUGUUUCAGUGGAUAAAUUUCAAAUGGGUACAUAAUUUUACCAUUCAAGGCACUGGUACUGUUGAUGGCCAAGGCUCUAAUUGGUGGCGUACCUCUCAAAUCCAUUAUACUCAGAAGAAAUCCAAGCACGUUCCAAAAACCAAACCAACUGCUUUGAGAUUCUAUUCCAGCUAUGAUGUCACAGUUCGCGGCAUCAAAAUCGUAGACAGUCCACAGUGCCACUUAAAAUUUGACAGCUGUGGGGGUGUCAAAGUUAGCAAUAUUACGAUUUCUACGCCAGAGGAUAGCCCGAACACCGACGGGAUUCACCUGCAAAACACCCACGACGUAGAAAUUCAGCAUUCUAAUAUCGGUUGUGGGGAUGAUUGUGUAUCCAUACAAACUGGUUGCUCCAACGUCCAUCUUCAUCAUAUUAAUUGUGGCCCUGGACAUGGUAUUAGUUUGGGAGGAUUAGGGAAGGACGAAACCGUUGCUUGUGUCUCCAACAUCGUUGUCGAGAAUAUCUCAGUUCAAAAUGCUCUAUCAGGCGUAAGGAUCAAGACAUGGCAGGGGGGCAUGGGAUCUGUGAAGAACGUAUCAUUCACAAAUGUUCAAGUUUCCGAAGUGAAGGUCCCGAUAAUGAUAGACCAAUUCUACUGCGACAAGGGUCUCUGCCAGAACAAAACGAGAGCGGUGGAAAUAUCUGGCGUUAAAUAUGAUCAGAUAAUUGGAACGUAUUCAGAGCGGCCUAUCCAUUUGGCAUGUAGCAGCGAAAUUCCGUGCACUGACAUUGACUUGAUUGAUAUUCAGUUGAAGCCAUCGGCGGCGGCGGCGCCCAGCAAUCAACGUUUUCAAAAGGGUUUGUGUUUGAACUCUUAUGGGAGAUCGAGAGCUCCCCUGGUUCCUUCAAGCAUAGACUAUUGCUUAAGAAGUAGUAGCCCUGCUUCUGUCAAAAGAGUAGCCAGGUCACAUGCUACCAGUAAUGUAUGUUACUGA